CGGAACUUCCAUCUCAUCGGAGCUACCGGUACGGUACAUACCAACCCAAAGUACCGCCCGUGUAGAGUUUUUAUUUGUUUCGUACAUACAUGCAUCAUCACCAUGAUCCCCAGAUUCCCGAAGACAGGAAGCAGCCUCCGCCGAGUCGAGUCUGUGCCAAGUCGCCCCUGAUUCGAUUCACCCGCUUGAUGACGCUGGCAACACAGCACGAGUAGAUUUUUUCGAUCGCUCACGAUGGCAGCACCCAGGUACCAAGAAACAGCCACGCCUUUCGUGGCUCGUGGCUGGUGGAACCAUGCCGUAGCGACCGGGUUCAGCCUUGAGUCUCCAGCUCUGCAUCCUACCAACCCAAUCCCACUUGGCAUUGAUUCCUCUUUCCUCUUCUUUGGGCUUGCCUCUGCCUGGGUGAUACAAGUAGCUAGCUACUAUCAGAAGAUACACAGCAGGAUGCAGACCUCGACAAAAAAGGGGGGGGAGCGGGCUUGUCGUGGAUCUUUCGAAAGAUCCUCCCAGUCGUGGAUUCUUAACUUCGAAAGAUCUUCACAGUCGUGAUCCCGUGAUUCAACAGCUAGCUGGGUCGAUGAUGAAUGAAUCGAAUCAGAGCUUCCAUUAUUUUGCUGUGUGCUCACUCCCAAAACCGACCGCAACAAGCAACGAAGCCAAACUAUGACAGUCCCCCACAGCAACCUCCUCAUCCAAAAAACUGCCUCAGGGCAGUGGCGCUUCACGCAUAAGCCCACCGAAGAGGAUCCAGAAGAAAAGAAAUGGCAAUUCGGCAGAUUCCCGCGGUACGGUGGAGGCGGACAUGUUCAUCUCGUGGACCACAAAGGCAACGAACUGGCAGCUGCCAUCCAGUUGUUUGCCUCCAUGCCUGGAUUCGACACACAUGCCUCGCGCAGUACUGCCGGUAUGUGUUGGCAUGGAGCCACUUUUGGCUUUUUCCACAAGCACUUCGCUGUCGUUUACCCUUGGUGGGCAGGUCGUCCCAUGGUCGUAGACUUGAAGCGUCUGCUGGCUGUGACAGACUAUGACUUUCAAGAGAUUCAGGAAGUAUUCAAACAGCACAUUCGCCAAGGCAUACAGAAAAUUAAGGACAUGCUUGGCAGGGGCGAAAGCCCACGCAAAACCAUGGACGCCUGCUCGGAUCCAUACGCAGCGCCAGCUUCGUACUUGCAUCAUGCAGGAAGGCUUCAAAUGAGGGACUUGGAACAAAGCAUGAGAAAGCUCAAGCGAGUGCCAAAAGUGAACAGCGGAGACGGAGAUAUUAAGAUUGCGGCGGCAGUAGCUUUGAAGCGCCUCGGAUUCGACGAGGAACAGCAGUUCCUGGAUGCGGCUGCCGAUGGAGAUGUCGACACCAUUCGCGCCCUACUGCCCAAAGUUGAUGUCAACUGGCAGGUUCAGAAAUGUGUCGACCGAGCCAACUAUUGUGAUAUGAAUGGCGGCGAAACAGCCCUGCAUCUUGCAGCAAAAGGGGGGCACACAGAGGUUGUAAGGCUCCUGCUGGAAGAAAAAGGCAUCAAAAUUGACAUUAGAGACCGGGGUGGUCAAACGCCUCUUUUCCUAGCUGCCAACAAGGAUAUCAUGAUUAAAUUGUUGGAUCACGCCGUUGCAACCGGAGUCCUAUUGGGGGGGCGGCGGGGCUUUUUGCACUCUACCAACUACAAAAGCAGAAAUGUGCUUCACGUCAAUUGCAUUGCCGGCAACAUACCCAUUGUGGAGGAGCUCUUGCAGAGGGGAUUGGAUCCCAAGGAAACCGGCCACGAUGGCGUGACAUGUCUUCAUCUUGCCUGUGGGGCCGGACAUUUGGAGUUGGUGCACAUGCUGCUCAAGGCAAAGGCUCACGUCGACAAAAAGGCAAGAACCAACAAAACGCCGCUCUAUUUUGCUGUUGCCGGUGGUCACGCAGACGUCGUGAAGGCUUUGCUGGAGCACAAGGGUCUGGAUGUCGGCGUAUGUCCCAAAGAGUCUGGGGCGUACAGUGCUCGAACCCUCGAUCCUGCUCUUUGCGUUGCCAGCAAGAGAGGAGACAUCAAAAUGGUGAAGAUGUUGCUGGACUAUCCUGGUCUCGACGCUGCCUCUGUCGAAGCUGCCCUAUCCGCAGCCGUGGAAUUGCGUCACCCGGAUGUUGUGGAGCUUCUCUUUGACAGUGGCAAGGUGGGUUCGCCCGCUUUGGAAACGGCUCUCGUCGUGGCAACCAAGGAGUCCAACAAGGAUAUGGCUUCCUUGCUCCUCACGCACACUUUGGCUGAUACUCGUUGCAUCGGUCCGGCUCUUGUAACUGCAUCCGAGAAAGGCAACGUGGAAAUGGUAUCAUUUCUCUUGCAACAGACACGCAUGGAUCCGGUUUUUUGCGUCCCACGGGCACUUGACGUUGCUUGCUGCAACAACGAUCCGAAGGUGGCGAAGCUUUUGCUUGACACCAUCGAAGUCAAAAUUUGGGAAGGGAGCGGCAGGGCGCUCUACCACGCGUUGAGGAACGACCACCGCGAGCUCUUCGGAUUGUUACUAGAGAAUGGCGCCGAUGUCGGCUACAAAAGCGGGAUGGCUGGACGGUUUUGCACACUGCCAUCGAUCAAGGCAACAUCGGCGUGAUACGGCUCCUGUUGGAUCAUGGUUCGGACCCCAACAUACGAGACAAUUUUGGCUGGUCUGCUCUCCAUUGGGCAAGCGAGAAAGGUGACGCUGGCAUUGUCACGUUACUCCUCGAGUUUGGCGCGAAUGGUGACCUCAAGACCGGCAAGGGCGACACACCGCUGGAUGUUGCUCGUUCCAGGAAGCAACUGGACGUGGUCAGGCUUUUGGUGCUCCGUCUCUCGAGGGAGAUCAAUCCGUGAGGAUCUUUCUAGGAUGUUGUGUGCUUACGGGUUGUCUCCAUGGCGGGAAGGCAGCCGGGGGGUCCCCUUUGCUUCUUCUGUAACGUAGCGUAACAACCCACCGUACCGCCCCCUUCCCGUCUCUGAACUCGUGAUCUGCUAGAUCUAUACUCUUCUGCUUGGUUUGUAGGAGUGGUUAUGCAUAGAGCAAACUUUUAAAAAACUAAGACUACGCCGCAGCACAGCAUUGAACGAGUGUGCAAUUGGCGUUGAUCUGAAGUCCUGUUUCUGGCGCUGACAGAGUGCUGCAGCCACUGUUCCUGUCAUGUAGUUCCUCGGAUAUCCAAAUUCAUACUAGUACUCCAAUGACCCGAGACCCGCCAUUAUUUCUGCUGGAAGGGAGCCAUGAAUGCGAAUGUUUCCUGACAAAUCCAAGUGCCUCAGAUCGGACAACAUGCCAAACUCCGAAGGGAUAGUUCCAAAGUACGAGUUGUUGUCUGCCAAACCAAGAUACUACUGGAGCUUGAGCGCUGAGCUGCAAGUGACUGCAUACCGGUACCGAUACAUUAGGCAAUACUGUACCGGCAAUUCCGACAGGAAUUACUAGCUA